CAGCAGUGCGUCUACCGUUGCAAAAUAAGUGAUGAAGAAGAAGAAACUAAACUUUUACCGGAACAGCGCGCACGUCAAGUUGGUAGUUAAAACAGGCUGUGUGUGUGCUGCAGUUUGUGCAGAGCUGCCCACAGAGAGAUGCAGAGUGCCGCAAGCAGCGCGGACAAGGCUCAUCCUCUGUUUGGAGGAGGACUGUCAGCUGUCAUCCCUCACAGCUCUACAGACGUCAGUGAGCUGAGGGAGAUCCCGGAUAACCAGGAGGUGUUCGCCCAUGCACACACCGACCAGAGCCUGAUCGUGGAGCUAGUGGAGUACCAGGAUCAGGUGGCAGACCAGGAUGCUGCCAGGUACCACUUUGAAGACAUCGCAGGCAGUAACAAAGCUUUAGAGCCAGGUGCUUUUGAAGUGACUAGUGUUGUACCCCUACCAAAGUCUGAGCUGUCCCUGUCAGAGUGCAGCUCCGCCUGGAUGCUCACCGGCACACAGUGCGUAUCCAAGUUCAACGAGGAGGCCAGGAAUACAGUGACCCUUCACCUCGGUUUGUUCCGUCUGCCACAGUUCUCCACAGACGUCCUGAUAACCUUCAAUGACCCGCAGAGUAUCAGCCCUGACAGCAGCAGUGCCGCUGCAGUGGGGACGCACAAGGAGCCGUGGACGGUGCAGGACUUCCAGCGCCUGUUACAGUCUUUGACUCUGCACAACCCAGGACUGUUUGGGUAGGGCAACUGCUGCUUUCUCAGUGUGGGACUUCGCCUGAUUAUAUUUAGUCUUUCUCUAUAACACAGGCACAUUAAAACAUACUAGAUCUGUGUUUUGCUCCACGAGAAAUGUUUUGGGGACCCAAACGUUUUAGAGGGACAAAUAGGAAUACAUGUUCUGUUUUGCCUUUUGAUGUUGACAUUGUUCUGGCAACUAAAAAUGAACUGAAAACCAAAUAUUAAUGCUGUGAACACAGCCUUUGUCAUAAUAAAAAGAUUUGGAUGAAAAAUCUUG